AUGAUUGGUGGCAUGUCGGCGAUCAUUGCGCAGUUCCUCGACGUCAAGUACAACGGCGGCAAGCUGCACCACCGCGACCACCCCGAGCAUGCUGCGUUGGCGCAGCUGGCCCAGGCCAAGUUUGAAAUUGGUCCGUUCUACGGUCUUUUGCGCAACCAGGACCCGACCAAGAAGGAGAGUUUUGAAGCCGACAUUCGCGAGACGCUCGACGAACUCGAGAAGAUCUACCGCGAGCACGCGGCCGAGUUCCGCGCCAAGGGCCCGUACCUCUUUGGCGAUGAGCUGAGCAGCGCCGAGAUCAACAUCAUCCCGUUCUUCUUCCGCUUCCAGAUCAUUCUCAAACACUACCGCGACUUUGAGCUCCUUACGGGCUACCCGCUCCUCACAGCCGCGUACGAAGCCGCGGUCGCGCGCCCGGCGUUCAAGCAGACGAUCAAGGAGCCCGAGUUCUUUAUCAACGCGUAUGCCAAGUACGCCAACCCGUAA